UUAAAAUAAAUACAUACUUUUCUCUAUGUUGCAUGCAAUUUACAAACUUAAAAUGUCAUAUUAUAUCAAUUAGACAACACUUGUACAAUAAUAACCUAUACAUAACAUAACCGAUAAUAAAAAUGGUUUAAUUAACUAAUAUGACAAAAUAAAUACAAAUGCUUCAGUACAAAGUAACAGUAAAAUGCAGUUUCAACCAUUGAUGCCGUGUAAUGCGCCACAUUUCGCACCGCCUAGCUCAAACUUGCCACAUAAUAUAAUAGGGGAAGGCGAUGUCGUUGCCAUAGUGUCUUCAGGGGGUGUUCUUCAGUAUUUCUUCACACCAGUCACCCACGGUAUACACUGUCCAACCAACGCACCUUAUGGGUUACCUUAUUGGAAUGCAAAUAAACCCCUGUGGUUCGUACGCAGUAUUGGUGAUCCAUUUCAUAUCCAACCAUAUCCUAAUUCGCCAGAAGGCGUUAUUUUUAAUCGAUACAAUAUUAUAUCGGAUAGUCAACCCGUUCAACCAUUUGAUUUAAAGUUUCACAAUGAUCGUUGGACGUCAACGACUGAUUUACAUUACUUUUAUCCGUCGAUACGUCAAUACAAUUGGUUUCCAAGCGGACUAAGCAAAGGCAGUGCAGCAGUUCAAGUGGAAAUGCCAAGUUUAACCAACAAUGUAUGUCAUUACGAGAUUGUUUGCAACUGUGGAGUCAAAAGAACAAAAAUAAAUUGUAAUUGUCGUGAUGAGGUAAGUGCUAUGUCUAUUGAUGAGACAGUUUCGAAACCUGCAGCAAAAACUCAUAAGAAUGAAACUAAUGAGCCCUCUUCAUUGACCGUUAUUAAAAGAAACGUUGUUUGUGAAUGUAACAAGUCUGAUAUAGCUGAAAGAUCGGCCUCAACAUAUUCUGAACAAGCCGCUGUCGGAAGUCAAACGCCAACUAAGCCUAAAAACAAAAGUACUUCUAUUAAGAAAACUAAAAACGAAAAGACGUGUCCGAAACGCCGCUACAAGGGACGGGCUCCCUCUAAAUCGUAUAAUACGACUAGUGACAGUUCCCAAAGCUGCAACUGCAAUAGUGAAACCGAAUAAAAUUCAAUAAAAAAACUGUUAUUUUAGUGAAUAUUUUAUAUUUUGUUAUAGUACAGUUUAUUCUUUAUUAUUACAAAUAUUUGUGUAUUUACAAUAGGUACAUCGAGUUAACAAAACUAUACUUUUGGAUUUUUUAAAGAUUUUUUUUAAAUAUUUUCAUGAUAAAAUAUUGUUUGUAGGUAUUUUUUACAAAGUGAUAUACUAUAGUUAAAGGAAAAAAAAGUAUAUUGGAAUAGAUAUCAACUGACAUAACAUAUCUGAAUACUAUUGGUAUUUUGAAGCAUAUGAAUACAAUCGACAUCACAAAUAUUUCGUAAAAACAAUUUAACACUUAUACCUAGUAUUGCAUAAGAAUAUGAACGGACUUUCCCCCCAUAACAAUGUAGUCUUUAAACAAAGUCUCAUUUUCAUAGAAAUGCGUGUUGCCCUAGUAAAAGAAAGUUAAAUUCAAUAUUAUAAAAUUUAAU